UAGCGCACACACACACACAGCUCUAGCGCACACACACACAGCUCUAGUGCACGCACACACCGCUCUAGCGCACACACACACGGCUCCAGCCGACAUCCUCGCAACAUGGCGCUCCACCGCAACAACUGGGUCGUCAUAGGUAUCGGCGGCGUGACGUGCGGCGGCAAGACGUCGCUGGCGGCGCGGCUGCGGGCGGCCGCGCGGCCGCUGGCCGUGCUGCACCAGGACGCGUACUUCCUGCCCGACGACUCGCCGCGACACACCUACAUCCCCGAGCUCAAACACAACAACUACGACAUCCUCUCCGCGCUCGACAUGGAACGGAUGAUGGACGACAUCCACGCCAUAAUGCGCGGGGAACUCAAGGUGGACCCCUCGCGGGUCCCCAACGAGGCCCCCGACACUCUGGGCCCCCUGCCCAGCGCCCCGCCCGCCGAGCCCUUCACUCUGCCGGGCAAACAGUUCCUCGUGCUGGAGGGCCUCACAGUACUGAACUACCCCCCCAUCAUGGAGCUCUGCGACCUGCGUUACUACUUCGUGUUGGAGUACGAGGAGUGUCUCCGCCGGCGCCUGUACCGACUGUACGACCCGCCCGACGUGCCCGGCUACUUCGAGCUCUGCGUCUGGCCCGAGCAUGUCAAGUAUAGAGCCGAGAUAGAGAAGGACGUCCGCGUGAAGUUGCUGGACGGCACGUACGCCAGUGUACACGAGACCGUCAUGGAAGACAUUCGACAUCUCGCCACGUAGCAUACUGCACGAUAUCGAUAGUCGCUUAGAAUUAUAAGGAGUAAGCAAACAUAUUUAUAAACAAUAUUAACUGAUUACGAGUCUACCUCAUGGUCUCAGAUCAAUGAAGACUACAAUAUCUAUAUGUACAAUGCGUUGCAGACGAAGCAAAUAUGAAACGUAUCGCUCCAGCACAAGGUGUAGAAUUAAUCACCCGGGCACUGCUAUGUAGCUUGCAUGUAACCAGUAAAGUGAAUGAGAUGUCAUAAUGUUAAUGUAUUUUUAUACACAAUUUACACAAUACACCGUAAGUCGCCUUACACAGCUCGUGCACACCGACCAAUCACACGUUACUUUAGGUGAGAGAACGCUAUAUCAGACACAUGCUUCUGAGCAAGACAACUAUAAUGAUGCGAAGCGUUACCGUCAAGUAAUCGGUCUAUUAUGAUGUAUAUUUUAUUCAAAGUUGUAUUAAAUAAUAUGAUAUUAGGGCGUAUUCACACGAGCUGCAGAGAAAUCAUGUUAGUGGACAAGUACCCAUAGCGUGUGAAUACGCCUUAUUUAGUGGAUGUUGUGAAAUCUCGCGCAGUGAUGGAGUGUACUAUAAGUAUUGUUAAUUUAUUCAGUUUCAAUAAAUUUUGAUCAUGU